AUGGCCAGCAGGAAGAUGAUCGUCCUCGUGGCGGCGCUGCUCCUCGUCGCCGUCGCGCUGGAGGCCGCCCCUCGGGCGAGCGCCAUGGACUGCAAGGCCGGGUGCGCCGAGCUCAAGGACUCCCCGCUCGGCGGCGCCGCCGACUGCGAGAAGAAAUGCGCGGAGAUCGCCGCCACCAAGGGGCCCCAGGACCCCAACAAGGCGGCCAAGUGGGACAUCCCGUAA